GCCGGGCCGGGCCCGUCACGCUCCUCCUCUCCGUCGGUGGGUCGGUGGGUCGGUCCCAUGCGGCCGCCGGCAGCCCCGGGCCCCAGCGCGUCCGGCCCGGGCCGGGAGCGACGGGAGCGGCGGGAGUCCCGGCCGUGUCCGCGGCUGUGGCUGUGGCUGCGGCGGGGGAGCGCCGUCCUGGCGCAUUUGGUGGCUCUCGGCUUCACCCUCUUCUUGGCCGUCCUCUCCCGGCCCGGGACCAGUCUCUUUUCGUGGCAUCCCGUGUCCAUGGCUUUGGCAUUCUGCCUCUGCAUGACUGAAGCCAUCCUGCUCUUCUCACCCGACAACUCGCCCUUCUUCUUCUGCCCCCGGAAGGCCCGGGUGUGGCUGCACUGGGCGGGCCAGACGCUGGUGAUCCUGUGUGCCGCCGUGGGCCUCGGCUUCAUCGUCUCCAGCAAGAACCGCAGCGAGCUGCCCCACCUGGUGUCUUGGCACAGCUUCCUGGGGACCCUGACGCUCACGGCUACCGGCGGCCAAGCCCUGUGCGGGCUGUGCCUCCGUUUCCCCAAGAUGGCCAACGUCUCCUCCGUGGCCCGCCUCAAACUCUACCAUCUCACCUGCGGGUUGGUGGUUUACCUGAUGGCCACGGUGACCGUCCUCCUGGGCAUGUACUCGGCCUGGUUCCAAGCCCAGAUCAAAGGGGCGGCCUGGUACGUGUGCUUGGCUCUGCCCCUCUACCCGGCCCUGGUCAUCAUGAACCAGAUCACCAGUGCCUACUUACCAAAGAAGAAGAUGGAGAUUUGACUCUGGCCAGGGCUCCUUGCCCGGGGCAUGGGGUGGGGAGUCGAGGGGAAGUACGCGGGGGUCUUUUAGUGCCGCAGCCGUCUGCCUGGACUGCUGUGUUCUCCGGAGAGCUUGCUGCCUCGGGCCCCGGGGAGGUGGCCUGCGUCUGGGGGCUUGUGGGCUGGAGUCAGGUUCUUGGGUCGCAGACCCUCGGUGCUACAGGGGCUAAAACUGCACAAGUAGAGGGUGGUCUUAGGAGCCUUGGAGAGGGAUGAGGGUUGGGCAUUGUGGUGUUAAUAGUAGUAAUUCUGGUGGUAUUUCUUAAGCACCUUCUGUGUGCCUAGCACUGUCCUAAGCCCUGGGGGUCAACUCUGUUAACAGCAACUGGCUGGUUGGUGACAGGGACAGUGGAACUGGGCUCAGAGACUUGGGACAUUGGUUGGGACUCCUGGAAUUCGUUUUUUGUCUUUUCUUUUUUUUUUUUUAAUGGUAUUUAAGAAUC